GGUCGGCAAAGGGCGGAGUCGCCGGAGCGCCUGUGCCGCUGGGCGGGCCCUUCACCCGAGACCGCUACGCCCCGUUUCCCCGGCCAAAGGCCGCCCGAGAGAAGGAUCCCGAUGGCCGGCGAGGAAGGAGGCAGCUCGGGCUCGUCUCCGGCGGCGGAGCCCAGUCCCGGCGGCGGAGAGGCUGGCGCGGCUGGCGGAGAGGGCGCUGGAGGGGGCGGCGGCGGCGCUGCCUACGACGGCAAGUGCGUUUUCUGCCGGAUCACGCACGGAGAGGAGGCGGGCACGGAGCUGCUGCCUUGCGAGCAUGAAGACCUGGUGUGCUUUAGAGAUAUCAGGCCUGGAGCUCCACAUCAUUAUUUAGUGGUGCCAAAAAACCAUAUAGGAAAUUGCAAGACUCUAAAGAGUGAGCAUAUACCAUUAGGAAUGAUGGCAGCUGGAAAGACUGUCCUUCAGCGGAAUAAAUUUAAUGACUUGAAUGAUAUAAGGAUGGGUUUUCACUGGCCUCCGUUCUGCUCAAUAGCCCAUUUACAUCUUCAUGUCCUAGCUCCAGCUAGUCAGUUGGGAUUCUUGUCCCGAAUGGUUUACAGAAUCAAUUCCUACUGGUUUAUAACAGCUGAGCAACUCUUGGAACGCUGAAGGCUGAAAGUGCUACUAUCUGAAAAGCACUUGUUCCAGAUCACACAUCUCUGUGAACUGUGACCACUGAUUAUAGGGUUGGAUGUAAUUGUUAAUAUGCCAGGUGUUUGAAAAAUAGCACUUGAAUCUGCUGCUAUACAAUGGUUGAACUCAUCGUUAAGAACAUUGUACAAUACAUGUCUCAGGCAAAUACCUGAAAAAACUGAGCACUUUCGAGAACAUCCAUAUCUACCAAUCGGAAAGUAAAAAUACCUAUCCUUCUCUGAAAGAAAAUACUGAUCUUGUAAAAAAAAGGAUAUAAUUAAAGUUUAAUAUGCCUCUG